UCUGUUUACACAUAUAAUUCCUUAAAAAAGUAUCUCAAUAAAUUAUCUAUCCGCAAAAAUGUCCACUUUAAACAAUAGACAACGAACGUCAUAUGCCGAUAUUCCGCGCUUAGCUGCUUUGAAAGAAACUCGUCCGGAACGUAGACAUUCACUGGCCGCCGCAAUCGAAGGCGCAGACAACAACAUCCGCCAAAAUGUUCUCCGCCGUCGAGCCUCAGCUGAUAAGACUUCAACUGCCUCGCAGAUCUAUCAAGCGGUUGCCCGGCGAAUCACUCCGGGGCUUCUGCCACCGGGCUCUCCCGGCACGUACAGACGGAAAAGCAGCACUGCAGAGUUGACUGCGGCUUUAGCUUUGUUGGGAAGAUCAAAAGAUACCAAAAUGGCUGAAGCAGACAAACCUUGGCCAAAUGUGAAGGAUGAUUACGAAAUUAAGGAUCUUAUUGGUGUCGGAGCAACAGCUUAUGUCCACAAGGCUCUAUGUAUUCCCCGCAAUGAGAUGUGUGCCAUCAAGAAGAUAAAUCUGGAGAAAUGGAACACAUCAAUGGAAGAACUUCUUAAAGAAAUCCAGGCAAUGUCACUGUGUCACCAUGAAAAUGUGGUGACGUACUACACAUCCUUUGUGGUGCAGGAUGAGCUCUGGCUCAUUCUCAAGCUCCUUGGAGGUGGUUCAUUACUGGACAUCAUCAAGCACAGAGCCAAGUCUCCAGAUGCCAAACACGGAGUGAUCGAUGAGGUUGUCAUUGCCACAGUCUUGAAAGAAGUUCUCAAGGGGUUAGAAUACUUCCACAACAAUGGACAAAUUCACAGAGACAUAAAAGCUGGAAAUAUCCUGCUUGGUGAAGAUGGUGUGGUGCAGAUAGCUGACUUUGGUGUGAGUGCCUGGCUCAGCACGGGUGGUGACUUGAGUCGUGAGAAGAGCAGACACACUUUUGUCGGCACGCCCUGCUGGAUGGCUCCUGAAGUCAUGGAACAGGUUUCAGGAUACGAUUUCAAAGCGGACAUUUGGAGUUUCGGUAUCACGGCCAUCGAGAUGGUGACGGGCACGGCUCCGUAUCACAAAUACCCUCCGAUGAAGGUCCUGAUGCUCACCCUGCAGAACGAUCCACCCACCAUCGACACAAACGCUCAAGAGAAGGACCAGUAUAAGAACUACGGUCGCGGCAUCCGCAAGAUGAUCGCCGACUGCCUGCAGAAGGAUCCCACUCGCCGACCGACGGCUACAGAACUGCUCAAGCAUCAGUUCUUCAAGAAAGCCAAGGAUAAGAAGUUCUUGCAGCAGAUUCUCCUCCAGGGAGGCCCGUCUCUUGAUGAUAGAGUUUCGAAGCAGAACAGCCGAGGCCCUGGGGCGUCAGGACGGCUGCACAGAACACAGAGCGGCGACUGGGUGUGGAGUGACGACGAGACCGAGCCGCAGCAACAGCACGACGACUCAGGUUCACUGAGCAGUUGGGACAACGGAACCAAUAAUGCCUCCAAAGACGCCGAUUCCCUCAAAACGGAAUCUUCGUCUAACAAUACUAGCGGAGCCAGCACUCAGAUGUCUGGCUCCUCGAAUGGACCUUCAUCUGCUGGUGCCAGUAACGUCCUGGCUAGCUUGCCUGGUCCGCAGUACGUGGCGGCUGACCAGCUCGCUGCCCUCCACCUGCAGUCGGGUAUCUCUGCUCAGGGUGGACCACCGUCGCUGGGGGCGCACGGUGAGGCGUACAUGGCUCCUGCCGCCAACCCUGGAGGCGGGGGCGGCGAGCCCGUCGAGCUCGUCCUGCGAGUUCGGAAUCAACGUCGGGAGCUGAACGACAUCAGGUUCGAGUACUGCGUGGGCCGCGACACGAGUACGGGCGUCGCCUCUGAACUUGUGGCUGCGGGCCUCGUGGACGGGCGAGAUCUUGUAUGCAUCGCCGCCUCUCUCGAGAGAAUAAUGGAAAAGCCGUCUGUAGGCACGAGUGAGACGUUCGCACUCAGCUCGGGCUGUCCGCCGACCGAAGUGCCGGACGAGUACUCCCUGAUAGGCUUCGCACAGCUUACUAUUACAGACUAAUAAAUUGAUGUAAGGUUAAUCAUUAAUGUAUUUAGUUUUUAUCGUUUAGAUACAGAGCCGCCUGCGAGGGUUAGUUAUUGUGAUCAAUAGAAUGCAAGAAUCUUCUUAAGUCCUAAAGAGCGAGUCUUAAUCCCUUAGGAUCCGAGGCCUGGUUACUAGAAACUAUUAGCCGUUAAUAUGCACCGAUUUCGAUUGGUAUUCCUUUUCAAAGACUGCUUAGCAUUUUAACACUUGCAUGUAAAUUUCAGUAAAAGCCGUCCUAUAGCGACUGGCGUGCAUUGAUGAUGGCUUUACUGUUACGUUCUAUGUAUUUAACUGGAAUUUCAACUCUGGACUUUGAAAGCGUGGGUUUUGUUCGUUAACUCUGUAUCGACACGCAAGUAUUCAUAUCAUUAGGAGUUGCAUGCACCGCGCCAAGAAAGCUUAGUAUAUAACCUGUUCACUGAACCUCGCUUUAUCUGCCAAAUACAUUCUAUAACGAGUUAGAUUUUUGCGCCUUAUAUGAGAGGGAUCUGGUCAGGCUUUGACGGUGAAUGGCAAACUCGGAUUGUUAAAUUUUUUCUUAUAGGGUUGGAAAUAGUCGAUUAUUUCAUCUGAAGUAGAUAUGAAUCAGUAACCUAUUCCAGUUUCCGAAAUUUUCUGAUAUAUAUUCAUUUAAUUCGAUAUCUUGCAGAUGUGUAGUUUGAGUACAACCGAACACGCAUUACUACAAUUAAAUCCUCGUUUUUUCAUGUAAAACUAAAAAAUACGAUUAAGACAUGACGCAUACAAAUUUUCAAAAUCAUUAAUCUGCACAGGAAGUGCAUUCCUCUUCUAAUUGUUUAUUAUUUAGCUCAGUUAUCGUGCAUGAAAGGCAAGUUUAUUCGAAGAGUCUCUUCCUCUGUGCACACCUCUCGAUGAGUUGGUAGAAUUGAUACCAGGUAGCCGCACGUUGAUUUCUCCUGUGCUUAAAGCGAUGAAUAUUUGUGAUGCAGUCGUCAUGGCUAUGAAUAAUAUUAAUAAGGAAUCCCGAUAUAAUGCUGUGAUUAUCACGAAUCAUUACUUCUAUUCCCUAGUGCACGAAAGGGACUCUGAUGUCUCUAUAUUUGCCGUAGUGAAAUGAUUGCAUCACUCGUCUUUGUGCCUCUAUUGGAUAUGUAGUAUAGGUGGUUGUAGGACGCAUCUCUUAGUCAGCGGUAGAAGUAAUAUGAGCGUUCCGAAUGAUGGUUGGAUUUGUAAAUAUUUCUUUUAGUUUUAGUGCCGUGCCUGUAUAUUUUAGCGUUAUUCAUUAAGUGUUCUAUUUUAAAUAGAAUUAGUGCUCACUACCAUACUUAAUAUCUAUCUGAUCGCUGUACUUCCGUGCCAUGUUUUGUUUUCUUGCACAGCAACAUCCCUCCGUAAUUUCUUACACCAAUGCAUUAACGUUAUAACUCUUCAGAGCUUUCCUAUUUAAAUGAUCAGCUGAUUCGCGCAGUAGGGUAACUAUUAUCGGAAUUUCCUAAAAAACACCUGUGACUUUAACUUUUCGCUUUUUCCCCGUUCUCAUAUACUACGACGCUGGUAUGGCACGCCUGCUGUUUCGAUUUCAGAAUCUUCCAUUUGCUCGUGGAAAUUCAACAUUAAGGGUAGAAUUUAUCUCUCGAAUAGACGAGUUGAGAGCUUUAAGUGAGUAUUUUCUGUAUUAUAAUUCGUAACGCUCUCUGUGAAUGACUAGUACCUCAAAAUUACUGCAUUCGUGAAAGUCAAAAAUUUCAAUAGGCAUGAUAAAUGGCCUCAGUUUGAUGCUGUGCGCCUUUCCACUCGAAUUUUAAGCAGCCAUUUUUGGUGUCGAUUUUUGUUUGUGGCGAGCCUAUAAAAAUUGAAGCACGUUUUGGGUGCAGUGUGUUCAUUCGUGCACAGUCUUCUGCCUACAUAACUGACAGGGAAAUUGAACUAAAAUUAAAUCGAUUUAAAAAAUAUUGUUUCGAUAUGUAUGAACUGCAUAUCAGAGCCGCCUUUCUUCUUAAGCCUGUACUUUAAUUUUCAGCUCUAUGCCAAGAAUAUUUUCUGUUUCUUGCAUUGUCAUUUCAGUUAUCACCGUAAAAUUUAAGUCAAUUUACAUACGACUACAACUACAGGUUCUUCCUGAUACGAGAGAUUGGCACUUAUUUUAUUUUGUAAUCGUACUUAGAUACGUUUAUUAUUGUGUGCUGCAAGGCUUUAGCUUCCUCAGUCAUGUUUGCUCAUCCUUCAUGGAUAUUAAGGUUUUUUAAUGUCUAAAUUAUGAGGUAUGUAAACAUCAUUAGAUAUCAAAAGAGGCAAUGUAGUGUUUAGAUCCGCAAUGACGCUGGGCAGUAGGAACAUGAAUGAAUUUGUUCCCAGCUAAAUUUAAUUAGUUCAGAAGAACGUAAAUGAAAACUUCUUUUUAGCACACUUGGUUAAAUGGUAACUGCGUGAAGACGUGUUUAAGGUUCAAACGGACGAGAAUUUUCCAUGUCCUAAGUGCUAUGUUAACUCUAUUAUAAAUGUAUUGUCUUCCUUCAGCAGUAACUUAAUCUUAUGUCGUGUUAAAACGUUUAAAAUAUUUAAUAAACAGACUAAUUCGAAAGUCAUUUUUCGAAAUGGUAAGCAGGUUUUAAGACCAUUUUCACCAUCUGAAUGCUUCUUGUUGAUUCUGGCCCGGUAACGUCCCUGAAUCCUGGAUUGAAUGUUUACUAUUUAAUUAUUAGAAGGCGUCUUGUGAAAGUUUGAGAUUGAUUCGGGAUGAGAUGAAGCGGUAAAUGUAUAGACUCUUAAAUUAUUACAAAUUCAUAACAAAAUUUAAUUGGUAAAGUAUCUAACGUCAACUUUUUUCGAUGUGCAACUCAAACUAAGAAAACUUGUCGUUUCUUGCAAUCUGAGCCGACGCAUAUUUCAUACUGCGAAGACAAAAGUAAAUGAAUUACUGUGUCUGUGGCAUCCAUCUCUAAAUUUAUUUACUGUGUGCUCUGUGGCGUAGUCAGUAUAUGAAUACAUAGAUCCGAAACAG